AUGGUGGGAGGAGAGUUCAUAGAGGGUGUCUCACAGUUCAGUGUGGAGGGAGACAGGGACAAGAAGCUCAAGUUUGCUUUCCGUAUCUACGACAUUGACCAGGACGGGUUCAUCAGCAACGGUGAACUGUUCCAAGUGCUAAAAACGAUGGUAGGAAACAACUUAGCAGAGAAGCAACUCCAAGAAAUAGUCGAUAAGACCAUCCUCUACUCCGACAAAGAUGGCGAUGGUAAAAUCUCAUACGAGGAAUUUUGUGAUGUUGUGGGCACGAUGGAUGUCCCGUCUAAAAUGGUACUGGAUUUCAAGCAAGGCAGCGACUGACGAACAUAAACUAUAUUUCACGUUCACCUCGAUUGUUAGAUAUAGUCACAGUUUUUAUAAUGUGCAUUUCCCACCAUAUAAAAUAUAUCAAUAAUUUGUGUAGAAUGAAACAUACAUGUAUUUUGUAUGUAUUUCUUCAUUCAACUUCA